AUGCCUGCGCUCAAGUCGGCGCUCAACAAGGCGGCCAAAGCCGUCUCGAGCGCGCUCCCCACCUCGUCCUCUGCCGCGUCGCCCAGCUCGUUGACGACCGCCUCGGCGCCGACUCCGGCCGCCUCGCUCGCCGCGUCCAAGAAGGACUCGAGCGCACCGCCAGUCGACCAGGUCAAGAAGGACCUCGUCGUGUACGCCGUCACGCUCGAGAACGACGGCUCACCCGCCAAGGGCAAGACGCUCCUGCGCCUGCCGCCGCCGACCAACCCGUACGUGCUCCGCAUCACGGUCGACGCCGGCACGGCCGCGAGCCGCAACGGCGUCCUCCAGACCAACUUUCCACUCAACGGCGGCAAGUUCAAGCGCGACCAGUUUGCGAGCGUCAAGUUGCCUCAAGACUUCUCCAAGCCGUUCGAGAUUGACCUGCCUAUCACGACGGCGGGCGCGUUCUCGUACUAUGUCGAGUACGACUCGGCGUCGAACGGGCGCACGCGCUCCGAGCCGGGCUACUUUGUCGUCGACCCGGUCCUGCGCAUCCCGUCGCGCUCGCCGAUCCUCGACCCCGAGACGCACGCCGUCCUCCCCGUUGGCAAGGGCGGCGUCGUGUCGUCGUCGUCGUCGUCGACCGAGGUCGCGCUCCCGCUCGACGGCCUCGUCAUCCAGACCGUCAUCGCCAAGUGGAUGGGCACCCUCCCCGAGUGGGAGCCGCACCUCGACGUCAUGAGCCAGCGUGGGUACAACAUGAUCCACUACACGCCGCUCCAGCAGCGCGGCGAGAGCAACUCGCCCUACUCGAUCUUUGACCAGCUCGAGAUGAGCGACGACCUGUUCGACGCCGCGACCGUCGCCAAGGGCAAGGAGGCCAAGAACGCCGCGAUCAAGACCCUGCUCGCCCGCAUCCGCAAGGAGUGGGGCAUGCUCGGCAUGAUGGACGUCGUCCUGAACCACACGGCCAACAACUCGAAGUGGCUCGAGGAGCAUCCUGAAGCCGGUUACUCGGUCCACUCGUCGCCGCACCUCGCCGGCGCCCUCGAGCUCGACGACGCCCUCCUCGACCUGUCGCGCAACCUCGCCUCGCUCGGCCUCCCGACGACGCUCAACACGGACGCCGACCUCGACGCCAUCAUGUCGCACAUCGAGCACAAGGUCCUCCCGUCGCUCAAGCUGUACGAGUUCUACGCCCUCGACGUCGCCGGCCAGAAGGCCCUCUUCCGCGACGCUUGGACCGCCUCGGCCGCCGACAAGGGCGCGACGACGGCCCCGCCGCAAGGCCGCGGUACCGACCUCACGAGCCUCAGCAUCGAGGCUCGUGCGGCCCGCUUUGCCGAGACGUGCCUGCCCGACAACUGGUCGCACCUCGGCCAACGGUUCCACGCCCAGCUCGACCUCAAGCGCGCCGUCGCCUUUAUCGCCGAGCACCUCGCGAUCGCGCCCGGGUCCGACAGCGCGACCGACCUCGCCGCCGACGAGGUGGCGCGCCUCCUCGACGUGCUCAACGUCGACCGGUACAAGCAGUUUGACGACGACACCAAGGCGAUCCUCGACAACACCAAGAACCGUGUCAAGUACACCCGGAUCGACGAGCACGGCCCUCGCAUGGGUCCCAUCACCGACAAGUCGCCGCUCAUCGAGUCGCUCUUUACGCGCCUGCCCAAGAACUCGACGACGGCCAAGCACGACCCGAGCCUGCUCGCGCUCGCCAACAACGGCUGGAUCUGGGACGCCGACCCGCUCCUCGACUUUGCGUCGCCCGCUUCGCGCACCUACAUCCGCCGCGACCUCAUCGUGUGGGGCGACUGCGUCAAGUUGCGGUACGGCACCGGGCGCGACGACAACCCGUGGCUGUGGGACCACAUGGCGCACUACGUCGAGCAGCUCGCGGCCAUGUUUGACGGCUUCCGCCUCGACAACUCGCACUCGACGCCGAUCCACGUCGGCGAGUACCUCAUGGACAAGGCCCGCGAGGUCAACCCGAACCUGUACGUGUGCGCCGAGCUGUUCACGGGUCGCCAAGAGCUCGACCUCCUGUGGGUGUGCCGCCUCGGCAUCAACAGCCUCAUUCGCGAGGCGUACAACGCCAACAGCCCGAAGGAGGAGAGCGGCCUGCUGUACGGCUUCGGCCUCGGCAAGCCUAUCGGCUCGAUGGACACGGACUGCCUGAGCGAGCGCACGGCCGUCUCGUUCGAGGGCGUCACGCGCGACGCCAAGCUCAUCCCGCACCCGGGCUCGGUCCCGCACGCGUUCCUCAUGGACAUCACGCACGACAACGAGUCGCCCCUGUCGAAGCGCACGGCCGAGGACGCGCUCCCGACCGGCGCCCUCGUCACGUUCGCGCGCGCCGCCGUCGGCAGCAACCGCGGCUUCGACGACCUGUACCCCAAGUUGCUCGACGUCGUGAGCGAGACGCGCAAGUACGAGGUCGUCAAGGCGACCGACGCGCUCGGCGAGGUCAAGCGCCUGCUCAACCACCUCCACACCGAGCUCGUCCUCGACGAGGGCGUCGAGGGCCACUUUUCCCAGGAGGGCGAGUACGUCACGGCGCACCGGGUCAACCCUGUUACGCACCGCGGCUACCUCCUCGUCGCGAGGACGGCCUUCUCGUCGAGCUCCGACAAGAGCAAGGGCGACGCCCCGACCAUGCGCCUCGACGGCACCCGCGCCAAGUUCAUCGCCGGCGCGAGCGUCUCGAUCAACUCGACCGCCUCGCGCGACACCGACUCGACCCUGCGCGGUCUCGACGCCUCGGUCUCGCCCAUCACGGCCGUCGAGCCCGAGCUCGAGACCGACUCGUCGUCGGGCCUGACCUACUCGACCAUCGUCGUCCCGGACGAGUUCCCGCGCGGCAGCAUCCUCGUCUUCUCGACCUGGAUGGACGACCUCCCGACCGACCUCGACGACAUCUGCGCCUCGGGCGCCAAGGAGGCGUUCAAGGACCUCACCAUGGUCGAGCUCAACGUCCUCAUGUACCGCUGCGACGGCGAGGAGCGCGACGCGACUGGCGGCGACGGCUGCUUCAACCUGCCCGACUCGGGCCCGCUCCUCUACUGCGGCCUGCAGGGCUGGAUGCCGCACUUGCGCCACAUCAUGGAGAACAACGACCUCGGCCACCCGCUGUGCGCCAACCUGCGCAACGGCACCUGGGCCCUCGACUACGUCGUCAACCGCCUCGAGAAGCAGGUCGACACGUUCCCGGCUCUCGCCUCGGCCGCCGCCUGGUUCCGCAAGCGCUUUGACCUCAUUCGCGCCCACGUUCCGCCCUUCCUGCGGCCCAAGUACUUUGCGUUCGUCAUCAACGUCGCGUUCAAGGCGGCGAGGGACCAGGCCGUCGACCAGUGCUCGCCGCUCGUCCGCCAGGGCACCAGCUUCGUCCACCAGCUCGCGCUCGUCAGCGUGCAGAUGUACGGCCAGGUCAGCAGCGCCAGCCUCGACGCCAAGAAGACGGUGCCGAGUCUCGCAGCAGGCCUGCCUCACUUUACCACCGGUUGGGCCCGCACCUGGGGCCGCGACGUCUUCAUCUCGCUCCGAGGCCUGUUCCUCGUCACGGGCCAGUACGCCGCUGCGCGCGACCACAUCCUCGCCUUCUCGACCGUCCUCAAGCACGGCCUCAUCCCCAACCUCCUCGACUCGGGCCGCACGCCUCGGUACAACUCGCGGGAUUCGCCGUGGUUUAUGCUCCAGAACAUCCAGGACUACGUCAACACGGUCCCGAGCGGCCUCGACAUCCUCAAGGACACGGUCCAGCGCCGGUUCCCGCUCGACGACACGUGGGUCCCGUACGACGACGAGCGCGCGUACGCGACGACGAGCUCGGUCGCCGACGUGAUCCAGGAGAUCCUUCAGCGCCACGCGAGCGGCAUCCACUUCCGCGAGUACAACGCCGGCCCGAACCUCGACAUGCAGAUGAGCGACCUCGGGUUCAACAUCGACAUCGAGGUCGACUGGAAGACGGGCAUCAUCUACGGCGGCAACGAGCACAACUGCGGCACGUGGCAGGACAAGAUGGGCGAGAGCCAGAAGGCGGGCAACCAGGGCAAGCCGGGCACGCCUCGCGACGGCGCGCCCGUCGAGAUCACGGGCCUGCACAAGUCGGCCGUUCGCUGGCUCGCCAAGCUCUCGUCCGAGGGCAAGUUCCCGCACAAGGGCGUCACGGCAACGAUCGACGGCAAGGAGCGCUUCGUGUCGUACCAGGAGUGGGACCAGCUCCUCCAGGACUCGUUCGAGCGUCUGUACUACGUGCCGGCCGACCCGUCGCUCGACGCCAAGUACGACAUCGACCCGUCGCUCGUCGCCCGCCGCGGCAUCUACAAGGACGUCCACGGCACGCCCGCACCUCGCGCUCGUGCCGACUACCAGCUCCGAGGCCAGUUCCCGAUCGCUAUGGCCGUCGCGCCCGAGCUCUUCACGCCCAAGUUCGCCCUCGACGCGCUCGCCACCCUCGAGGCCAACCUCGUCGGCCCGCUCGGCGUCAAGACGCUCGACGCUGCCGACCCGGAUUACCGCGGCGUGUACGACAACUCGAACGACUCGGACGACUACGCGAUCGCCAAGGGCCGCAACUACCACCAGGGCCCCGAGUGGGUCUGGCCCAUGGGCUACUUCCUGCGCGCGCACCUCAUCUUCGACACGCUCGUCGGCGCCGGCAAGGACGACCUCACGUCGACCUUCCACCACAUCUACGAGCACCUGUCGCGCCACCGAGCCCACAUCUCGGCCGACCCGUGGGCCGGCCUCCCCGAGCUCACCAACGAGAACGGCGGCUACUGCCACGACUCGUGCCGCACCCAGGCUUGGUCGGCGAGCACGCUCCUCGACGCCCUCGACGACAUGGCGCAGCUCGCCCAGGCCAAGGCGCAAAAGGCUUAGACGGAUACCCUGGAUCUCUCUCCCUGUGUGUAGACGGACGUUGUGCAUAAUCCUUUGGUCACUCUCUC